CAGACAGAAUUCUUGACGAAUGAGCCGUCGUGUAUCUAUUUCUAACGGUGCCUUCAAGUUCUCGUGGCGGCGUCUUUCCCAACGCAUUUAAGAGAAACAAAACUAUUUACACAGCACCGGAAGUGUCAGGUUGCAGGUAAAUAGCGACAAGCUAAAGUGUUUAGAGGAAGCAUCCACCUACCGGUGUUGGUUUUGCCUGCUUUCCUCUAAAACUACAACCCCUCUAUGGGAACGCCGGAAUGAUGGCAUGUUUUACUCUUUAUGAAUGAAGACUGCAGCUUGGACAUUAGCACAAAGCAAGGAAAGCUUGAGUCUUGUCGAUAUGGUCCCAAAACAUGUUCUAGCAACAUGAGAGGCUACAGUAUGUACCUCUGUGUGCUGUGACGAGUGGAGGGGAUGCGAUCAAAAAGAACAAACGACAGAGAGUGGUGACGUAUCCUUCACGUACGUCAAGUUAGCGGAGUGUUGUUUAUUUUCAUAAGAGAGCUAACGGCGAUACAGUGCGGUAACGAAGAUGAAAACGUACCAGCUGCCACUAAUUAGGAGUGCACAUGAACGCCUCACAGCCCAAGGAGAACGGAGCAGAAAAGAGACUUGCAUUAAGUUGUGUGUGUUUAAUGAAGAAAUAAAAAGAAACACAGAAGCGAGGAGCAAACAUGAGUGCAGCGCCAAGCGGAUUCAAAAGUGGGCUCUGUGUCAUCUCCAGUUUCAGCAGGAAGUAAUUAGAGGGGAUGCUUCAUCACAAGUCAAGUCCGUACUCGCUCCAUCAUCCUGUCACACAGCAAUUUCUGUUUAUUUGCACUCACGAGUUGGGGCGAUAUUGUCAAAGCACACAGUGUCACUUAGGAACAAAUACUAAGCUAAAACGGUUAGCCUUGGUCGUGAUGACCUUUCUUCACCACUAACUCGGGAUAAUGCACUUGCAAUUUUAGCGCAUUCAUUCAUUUUGUACUGCUUAUCCCUUUCAGAGUCGUGGGAGGCUGACAUUGGGCGAGAGGCGGGAUCACCGGUGCCACAGGACACAUAUAGACAAACACCAUUCACACUCACAUUCACAACAAUAGACAAUUUAGAGCCUCCGGUAACUUGAACAACCUAAGCAUACCAAAUGUCGGUGCUGACAUAAUCCCAUCUGGAAUAUGGAACUGAUGCAAUCUUUUACCAGUCACUGCUUUUCAAUCUCAGUCACAUUAUUGAGCUAACACUUUAAUUAUUGUGCAGACUCUCAAGAGGUUUGUUUUCCUUAAUAGCUCAAUGCAUAGCAGCACUUUGGCUGUGACUAAAAUAUAGCAGAAACAUCAAACAAAGUCUCUUUUCCUAACUGCAAUUAACAUGUAAGCUCAAUCCAUUUUGCUGGAGUCCAGAAGUUACAUUUUCCACAUGUGGAACUUAAUCAUUUAUUGACAGCUUGGCUUUGAUGACAAAUGAUAAACUUCACAGUCCUAAUGAAGCAUGGAAUUACAUUACCUGAUGAGGCAAGAAAUUGCAUGUUUAGAAUGCAAAUAUAGCACUCAUCUUCGUCACCGAGUGAUGAGGUGAAACCUAAUAUCAGGCGGGCAGAUUAUCAAAGCUUGCCGUCUAAAUCUGAUACAGCGUGGACAUAACACUGGAACCAUCACUGAGGGAAAUGUAGCAGACACUUCAUUAGGUACACGACUACAAUCUAAUUGGAUCCAAUAUAAUGCCUUAUACGUAAUUCAUCAUAACCAGUAUGCUUUCCAUUGAGCUACAAUUGGCUACAUUUUUAGCUACAGUUUAUUGGGGGGCUGCUGUUACACUGGAAUAGAAACCCAAAGGACUACAAUCUAUUUGUGGUAUCAGGUUGACUCUCUGUUGGAGCUCCUGUGUGUAUAGUUUGCAUGUUGUACUAGGGCUGGGCAAUAUAUCCAUAUUUUUCCAAUAUCAGUAUUUCUUUUAAGCCUGAUAUCAAAAAAAGGAAAUAUCGUUCAUAUUGAUAUAGACUGGAUUUGAUGGGGGAGUCUCAGUACCUUUGGCUUACCCUGAGGAUAAGCGGUAUAGAAAAAGAAUGGAUACUCGUGAUUUUCUUCUAGAUGUUUCUUUUUUAAGUGUAUUCAAACAUGUAGAAAUAAAGUUUGGUUCUGAUAUCUGAGAAUAAUUAUCUUUACUGAAUAUUUUUGUUUUGUUCCAGCUUGUGAAUUGGAUUUCAUUGUAUGGUGCAGCUGUGCCUGAUGUUACACAGCAAGCACCCAAAUAUGCACAGUCUCCCCAAAACAAUUCAUUUACUGGCCCCUUCAAGAUUCCCCUGUUUCUUGUGGUCUAUGUUUGAUAAGUGUCAUCUGGCAUGAAAACACGCUUUGCCAAAAGGGAAGCAAAAGAUCAACUUGUGCCAUUUGCUCAGAGCCCUCCACAUGUUGCUGAAAGAUAAGGGCCAGCAAAUUCAAAUUUUUUUCUCAUUGGUUUAAUCCCGGUUAAAGCCAAUCUGUGCCCUCGCUGGGCUCAGCCUUGGGACGCAACGAGGGCAGACGUGUGGAGAAAUGUGGGCAGUGGCAGAAACAAGUCCAAUUCCAUUGCAAUGACAAGCCAGAGAAGUCAGCACAUUCAUAUCAACUCACAUUGCCGCAGCAGCCUCCAGCUUUACUUAUAAAUCAUUCAAACGUUCUUCAAUGAAAACAUUUGGCUGUGUACAGUAACGUUAAUCACCAAGUUUGUGGACAUCCCUUAAGGAGAAAACAGAAUAUCUUCGAAGUCAUGUACAAAUUUCACAACUGGAGGGGUUAAUCGGGAGUUGUCAGGCACGCGUCGUCAUAGCAACGUGACGUGACACCACAACGAAUAAUCCAGACGUUUAGAAGAAGUAGAACAGACAACACAUACACAUAAAUAACGACAAAGAAGCCAAAAAAUGUACCUUACCUUGUGGGGCAGAUCAUCUUUGAAAGUCUUAAAAAAGAGAGGGAUGACUACGGGAAAGGAAGAAAGACAAACGUCAACUCAAGUAGGCCACUUCCGAGUGGCUUUGUUGUUUACAGCGACCUCACAUGGCGAUGAACGUUAAAACAACCCAGACGGUGGCGUGCCGUCACUGAAUGGAGCGUUUGUCCCUGUCAUUUGUCGCCAUCUGGCGGACAGAAUUAUUACUGUAAGGUAAUUUGUCACUUAACAAUUAUACAAUAUUUUUUGUAGUGGUCAGUUCAGUGUAUACAAACCUUAAUUGAUGUCUUUUUUUAUUUGAAUGGUACUGCUAGUACUGCUACGAUAUUUUGGAGAGCAGAUUAUCCAAUCAGUAAAAAAGGGCACCCAGCACAAAAAAAUUGUAUUUUUAAAUUUAUUAUUAAUUAUUCUAUUUUGUAACAGGACACACUUUAUUGUUUUCUGACAGUUUAAGCUUAAGCUGCAACACAUAACACAAUACAGCACCAUAUACCAGACUGUCACUGUUUUUUUUUUGUAUUUGUAUUGUAUUUUUGUAUUGGUGCACAUGAUUAAACCUAAACUAUUUUUUGGGGUGUCCAUAACUGUUACUCCUCCAGACCUCAACCCACACUUGAACAUCCUCAAGCCGAAGGUGGUGGCACUGAAGCUUUGGUAAAGUCCAAGCCCAAAUGGAUUAAGAUUAAUGUUCACGGCAAAAUGGACGGGCAAGGAGACGGAGACCACAAUGGUCCAAAUCGCUACCGUAUGUCCAUACCAAUAGGAGAUCUACCACCAUCUGAUAGUGAUGACGAUGAUGAUGACGACGAUGAUGAUGACGAUGAUAAUGAUGACCGUGAGGAUGUUGGUGACGAGGAAGACGUGGAAUCUGUUUUCCUCAUGCAUUUGAUCGUAAAUCAUUACAUGAGGUUUUUUGUGAAUCCACGAGAGCCUUUGCAACAUCAUGAAAACGCUGACUAUGCAAAUGAUGGCAAUAUUGAAAUUAAUCCUGAUAACGUUGCUAUCGUUGGCCACCAAGAUGAGCUGGAGGUCUCUCUCGGGGCUGAGGCUGAGUUGGGAGUCAGCCACCUUAUGGAGGACGAAGACGAACCACAGCCGGGACCGUCAAGGAACAGAUCGAGAGAUGAUGACGAAGAGGAAGAUGAAUUAAGAAGCAGCAGCAGAUAUUUCCGCUGGUGGCACGAGUUUGAAAACAGUUCUGACGGCAGCACUGACUUAGACAUUGACGAACAAGACCCUGCGCCCGGCGGAUGCAAGAAAAGGUCAAGGGAUGACUUGGAUGAGAAGUUAAGACUCCAGGGCGAUCUGUCACUUACGACCCUCGGUGGUCAUCACAUUCUCAGCGCUAAAAAUACCACCACGGAGGAACGAGGGGCUUCCAAGGUGGGAGAUUUUCAGUUCGCUGAGCAAGACACAGUAGAGGACGCGGUGCUGGUACAUUCGGAUGAAAGGCCGAGAGAAAACUAUGACAAAGAAAAUAAGUGUGGUAAGAAACGCUUCAAGAGAUGAGAUGUUUCGGUGGUCUCCAAAGAAAAAUGACUGAUGCUGACGUUUCAAAAGUCACUUCUAUUACUGGGACCCAAUGAGAUAACUACAAAUGUACAUACUACUGCAACUCAACUAGGAUUUUCCUAUUGAUGUUUACAGUAUUUAAAGCAGUAUUUACAUAUAAUAGUAAAACUCAACACUGGAAAGUCUAUGAAAUGUCCGUACACCGACUAGAAGUAAAGUUGUAAUCUGAUAAAACAGCAAUUUUCAUAAUUUAAAGUUAUCUGUCCAUCCAUACAUCAUCUAUCUUCACUUAUCCGAAGCCCAGAUUUGCUUCUCCCCGACUACUUCGAUCGUUCAGCUCCUCCCGCAGAUCACAAGGUGUUCCAAAGCCAGUUGAGAGACAUAGUCUCACCAAUGUGUCCUGAGUCUUCCCCAUGGACUCUUAUUGGUCGGAGGUGCCCUGAACACCUUCCGAGGAAGGCGUCUAGGAGGCCUCCUGACCAGAUGCCCGAGCCACCUCAUCUGGAGGAGCAGUGGUUCCACUUGGAACUUGGAACACUUGGAGUUUUCCAAGUUUUCAUGAAAGUCGUAUCUCUAAGCGCCCAGCUACCCUAUGGAGAAACUCAAGUUUUAAUCUAGAUCAACCAGUACGUUGAGAGCUUUGCCUUUCGGCUCAGUUUCCUAUACUGAGUUAUAUUUAUUUGCUAUGUGGUCCACGGUUGUCUUGAUUGGUUAGUGUUCACUUUUUGUGGAUACACUCUUUCACUGAAUUUUUUAAUAUAACUUUAGUGCUUUUUCAAAACAAUUUUACAGCACAAGAAUACUGCUACACGCUGACCCUGGCCUGUAGCAGCAUUGCAAAGUGAAUUGCAUCAUGGGAAGUUGAGUUGUAUUAUAUUCUUCUGCGUUCUGAUUGGCUGACCGUCUUGCUGUUGUGGCCAUGGAUAGCCAUAUGGUAUGUAACUAGUAGAUACUAACUAGCCAGUACAGUAAAUGUGACCAUGUGACUCCGAAUGCUGCUCCUUCCAACAAAACCCACAACACUGACAAAAUGCUGUGCACCCAAAUUACAUAAGAGGCCAGGCGGAUCCCCGGGACCGUUACCAGUGUAACAUGCCGAAGCAAGGCGAGCCACACGACUGGAACAAAUGAAUCCACAGCCCAAGGAGUAUGAAGUGGGAUUAUUACACAGCGGCAGAUGCAGCAUGCUUCAACGAGGACAUAAAAACACUGCAGCCGAAAUGCAAAGUGUCAUUGUCAGUGAGUGCAUAAUUUGCUGUAUCCAACCAAUGAGAUUGUUUGUUGAAAUUCAAAGGAAAUUUGAUUUUUGAGAGGAUUUAAACCACGGGUCUCAAACAUGCGGCCCGCAGGCCAAAUGUGGCCUGCAGGAAACUAGUUUGAGGCUCCCGCCUUGAUAUGAAAGUUUAAUGUUAGUGCGGCCCGCACAAGUUUGAUAUGGAUGCUGUAUGGUAUCAUGUACCUAGAAAAAAAUAUUACAUUUGAUUAAUGUUCAUGUUAAAGGUUAAAUAACUGUUAAUAGUUAUCCUCCCUAUCCGUGUGGAAGUGGUAAGUUUUUGGCUUUUUAAGUUUAA